AUGACCUGUGUGCCAGGGCAGAUCUUGAAUGUUCUUGCUGAGUUGAACCUGGCUAAUAACACCCUCGUGUACUUCACCUCGGACCAAGGAGCCCAUGUGGAAGAGGUGGACACCAAGGGAGAAGUCCACGGAGGCAGUAAUGGAAUCUAUAAAGGGGGAAAAGCAAACAACUGGGAAGGAGGUAUCCGGAUUCCAGGCAUUCUGCGGUGGCCGGGGGUGAUACAGGCUGGGCUGGAGGUUGGUGAGCCAACGAGCAACAUGGACAUAUUUCCUACGGUGGCCAACCUGGUGGGAUCGCCAUUGCCCGAGGACAGAAUCAUUGAUGGACGUGACCUCAUGCCACUGCUUCAAGGGAAGACCCAACUCUCCGAUCACGAGUUUCUCUUCCAUUACUGCAAUUUCUACUUAAAUGCCGUGCGCUGGCGUCCUCGGAACAACCGUUAAGGGACACAGCAACAACAAGAACAGAGUCUUUCCACCGAUCAUCGCAAUGUGAACAUGCCCUGUUUCGUGUGAGGACUUCUUGUGUCUGUUAACACCACCUCGUCACAGACACGCUCCAGAUGACGGAUGCAUGGAUCACUCUCCGAAGGUGGGUCUGUGAAUGCCAGCUUCAGGGUAUUGUGCCACGCUCAAAGGCUUCGGAAUACGAAAGCACCACUAAAGGUUAGGGUCUGGUCAUAGAAUCGUUUUACCGAGCUGGGUUGCAAGGUUAUCUGUUUAACUCCGCGCUCUGCGGGUAUGUGUUUUGAACUCGGACAUUGUCAACAAGUGCUACAAUUAAAUGCACGGUGAACACAUAACAACAUGCAUGAGGCUGCAUGUAUAUGUGUGACUAUUUUCAGCAUAUAUCCCUUUUUUAUUUGCAUAGAUUUGUCACACCUAAUUUUACCUGUAAUUGCAAUUUGUGAUGGUAA